GAAUUCAAAUUUUGAUAACGAACGAAGUUUUUGGCGAAUUUUUUACUUACUUUUUUACUUAGUUUCAUUGUUUCAUUUAGUUUCAUUUCAAAGGAAUAAUUCGUUGAGUUUAUUCGUUAAUAGUGUACUGAAAAAAUGACUUUCACAUGUGAAAGGUGUACCGGAGAAUACUCGACUAAGAAAUCUUUGAAACGUCACUCGAUGAUAUGUACAGGAGUCAUAUUACGCAAACGUGCAAAUGUUGCCAAAGGUAAUCCUCCUGAUCCUAUGAAAUGUCCAGAAUGUAAAGAAUCAUUCGUGAAUUUAGAUCCGUUGAGAACACAUAUCGAAGUAAAUCAUGACGUGAAAAUUGAAAUGGAGACACUGUUUUUCAAAACCAUGUCUGAUUUUCUUAGUUGGAAAGAAGGUAUAGAAAAAGAAGUUAAUUGCGGAUAUCGUGGAAGAGGACAUACAUAUACCAAUACAACUGAACGGAAGUACUUCUUCUGUAAUCGCAGUGGAUAUAACAAAUCUCAAGCCUCAGGGCUUCGACGACAUCUUAGUAUCAAAAUCGAUGCAACUUGCCCUUCUACGAUGACCGUGGUUGAAAGUGCGAACGGUGUAGAUGUCACGUUUUAUAAGACUCAUUUCGGUCAUGGAACUGGUAUAAGAAGAUGUUUAACUGAUGAUGAACGAGAAUUGAUCGCAACUAAAAUCGGUAACGGCGCGUGUUUCGAACAAAUUCUAAAUGAAGUCAACGAUCGCACAUCCGACUCGUACCAUACCAGAGCGUUAACUACGAAACAAGAUUUGCUGAAUAUAAUCCAAGAAUACAAUCAACGUAUAACCUCGAACCACAACGGUUCGAAACGUUUGCUGGUUCAGGUUAAAUUUCAAACAAUCUCGGACAUAUCAUGGACUAUCGAAUCGGGUUCCGAAAAACACGCCAUUAUUCGCAUAAAAAAAGAAUGCGAUAUAAAUAACUGUUCGUUUAAAUGUCGAUUCUGUAAAAUCUGCUCCCAUUUGUACAUUUGUGAUUGCAUCGAUCAUAUCUCGAACCCGAAGACUACCAUUUGUCAACAUAUUCACGCUUGUGUAUUCAAACUGAAAAGUAUUCAAUUACAAAGCUGGUGGGAAAGAAAACGCUACGACGGUACCGGUACCGAAUCAACUAACAAAUCGUCGACGACUGAAAGUGCUAAAAAUACCGAAAAACCCUCCGGCAGUACCGAAUCAACUGAAAAAUCGUCCACUGAAAGUGCUAAAAAUACCAAAAAACCCUCCGGCGGUACCGAAUCAACUAAUAAUUCGUCGACUGAAAGUGCUGAAAGUGAUGAUAAUAGACAAACAGAGCAACGUUCGAAAAUGUUCAUUUAUUACGCGGAUAAAGGAAAUUGUAGUAAAAUUGAUGUUAAUAUGUGAAGCUGAAUAGAUGUGAUUAAUCGAAAGGUUUCUAAGAUUGGUGAUUCUGAAGCCAAAGAUGUAGAUAGACGUUUGUAGAGGAUUCGAAUCAGUGUUGGAAGAAUAUUAUAAGAAUUUAGGUUCUUAUUCUUAGCUUUUUUUUGAAAGAAUAUUCGAAAAUGUUCUCGUUCUUUUUAGUAUAUCAAAAUUGUUUGUUUUUGUUUCUGUUACUGUUUGUUCUUGUGUU